ACCACACCGUGUGAUGAAACGAACCUCCCCUUGUUUGCAUUGUGUAGACAGUUUCUGGUCUGCCGGUUGCGGCGGCAGGAAGAGGCCCAGUGGUUCCGCGAAAGACUAAAAUAAAAGCCACCAGUUCUGCACGGGACAUGGGAAAGAAAGGAAGUCUGUCCUUCCGUGGAAGCAACAAAUGACAGGCUGCCAGCGGUUCGUUUACUCACAGGAACAUCACGCAGAUCCUGUGACAACAUCGUUCAUUUUCUCGGAAAUACAGCUGGAUCGCCGGCAUAACGUCACCGCCGACUCAACAUAUGCCACGAUGUCAUCCUAGUAGUACAAGUGGGCAACUUUCUGUGACGGUCAGAGACUUACUCUUCGUGUGAGGUUACACAGGUAAGGACGCGCGUCAUCUGGAUUCAGCUCUAGUCUGAAAACUAAGCCCAUUCAUCGUUACCAGCGACAAAUUCGUCACAUUUUUAAGAGGACAAAAUCACAAUAUAUAGUUUCAAGAGAUAAUGGAUGCCCUUUUAAAGGAGCUCUCGUGCCCAGCGUGCCACAGGUUACCGUCCGACCCUCUGGUGCUGCCCUGUCAGCACAGCCUGUGCGCCAGGUGUAUCGAGGACGCCUUGGCCAAGCAGUGCCUGGUGUCCCGCAAGGGCAAGAAGAACGAGAAGGAAGACGUCAGGAAGCGGCUGCGCUGUCCCACCUGCCGGGAGGAAGUCGUGUUCGACUCGGAGCGCGGGAUCGACCGUCUGAGGCCGAACGUCGCGCUGCAGAAGAUCAUCGCGCGCGUCCGCGGCGUGGAGCUGGAGGCAGAGGCGGAGAUCGAGACGGACAGAGACUGCGAAGUCUGCGAGCUGAUCCCGGCAGCCAAGGCGGUGAAGAGGUGCGUGUCCUGUGACCUGGUGUACUGUGAGGACUGUCUGAAGUCCGUCCACUCCCGCCGAGGGUUCAAGAAGCACAAGUUGACGGACGUCGGCCUGCCCCGCCAGGGUCUGCCCAACACGCUCAUGUGCGGGGAACACAAGGAGGAGAAGACCAACCUGUACUGCACCACCUGCGCUUGCGUCAUCUGCUCGCUGUGUAAGCUGGUGGGGAAACACUCAGACCACCAGGUCCGCGCAGUCGCAGACGAGUAUCAAGAACUCAAGGAUUACCUGGGGAGCCGCCUCGAGGCGCUUGCGCAGAGCAUCAAUGAGCAAGAAGACUUCAUCAAGGAACUGCAGACCAAAUGUGAGGCGCUAGAGGAGAAUGCCAAGAAGCACAAAGACGUCGCAGUAGAGGAGAUCGACGCACUCAUCUCCACUCUACAGAAGAAGAAGGACUACCUGACGGACAAGAUUGACAGAGAGAGGAACUCCAAGUUACGUGCACUGAUGAAACAGAUGGCGUCACUGCGCAUGCGCAUGGACGAGGGGAUCGGCGUUGUUGCUUACAGUGGGAUGAUCCUGAAGGAAGAGGACCAGCCCACGUUUCUACAGACUGCCGUUGCCUUGUGUGACAGAGUUAAAGCCGUCACGUGCCCCGAGCCUCUAUAUCCGGCAGCUAGUGACUACUUCCGGUAUGGAAACUUGGACUUGUUGAGAGAGCAGGAGAUAUUGCAGAGGAUAGACUUCCAACAAGACGGUUUGUUGCAAAAAAAUAAGUCUGACGUCAGCAGUGUGGCGGGAAGUCACGUGUCAGCGACCAUGGACCCCAUCACCAUGUCGUAUGACAUCAUGGAGGAACCUUCGCAGAACUUCAAGAUCAUCAUGACAGGUGACCCCGGUGUGGGGAAAACUAGCCUGGCCGCCAGGUUUGGCAAUAACAGAUUUGAUAAAGAUCAGAAGCCCACCAUCGGUAUAGAGUUCGUGUCCAAGACGGCGAAGGUGGACGGACGCAUCGUCAAGGCCCAGGUGUGGGACACGUCAGGACAACAGAAGUACAGACCGAUGAUCAGUGCCUUCUGUCCCGGCGCGCUCGGGGCGAUGGUGGUGUAUGACAUCACCAAAAAGGAGACGUUCGAGCAUGCGCGGACUCACCUGAAGGAGGUCCGUGAGAAGGCGGACUCCAAGGUGGUCAUCAUGCUGGUGGGGAACAAGGGCGACCUGGGACACAACCGGGCCGUCACUACACAGGAGGGGCGCGAGUUCGCAGACAAACGUCACAUCCUGUUUGCCGAGACGUCGGCCGGGGAGGGGAGGAACGUGGACACGGCGUUCGAGCGGCUCAUCAGCGAGAUCUACCACGAGUCGCACGACUUCAGCGACAACUCCACCUACACCGGCGGCAGUCUGGAGGACAUCAGCGACGUGGACUCCAUGUUUGACUAGGUUUCAUCUAUAGGGGUACAUAGAAUAACGGCCACAUUCGCCGUAUAGGUCGUACGCGUACAAUUUUGAAAUUUCAAGCAGGCUGUGACAGAACUGACCACCGACAAGGAUCUAAGACUUUUUUAAUUGUUCCAUAUUUACAAGAAUGGUGUACGACACAUCCAAGACUACCCCAAGAAUUCAGUUUGCCAUCGUGCGACGGAAUUAUCAGCAUCCACACGAAUUUUAUGAAAUUCAUUAUGAAUUUUAUUUCAUCUCAACUUACAAAUUGGCAUAAAACCGCAAGGAGUUUAUGUAAGCAUACGAAUUCGUAUGAGGAAACCGGCUAUUAAAAAACCGAUCGCUAUGAGCCUCUAUGGAAAAACGUUUUAGCCGCUCUGUCACGCGCUCCAGACAACAGUUAUAGGUUUCUAGAUUAAAAGCAGUUUUUCAGGAGAUCUGUCGGUUUCCUCGCACCAAUUCGUACGUUUUGCAUGAAAUUAGAUCGAAUUUCAUAAAUGUCGUUUGAAGAUUUGUUUUAGUGCUUAUCAAUUAGGUCCAACUAGUAUCGAUAUCACUAGCUCUCGCUUUAGUAAAAGGGACAAAAAUACGGAAACGUUAAACGGGUAGUUUUCAUGGAGAAAAUUAAGUUUUCUGUUGUUCAUGAAGUCUCGAAAGGACGAUUCAAAGAUGUAUAUCAUACACGGAGUAGGUGAUGGUGGUGUAUUGGGAUGGUAAGAACGAACUGGUGCAAGGGCACAAUCUGGUGCUAUUUCUAGUCUGCUAGAGGGUACGGUUUAAUUUACAUCCUACUAUUCGUAUACUAUUUAUAAUGUUAUAUGGAGUGAGUGAGUGCGUGAGUGAGUGAGUGCGUUCUUGAGUGAGUGGGUGCGUGCGUGAGUGAGUGAGUGAAUACGAUAAACUGCUGCCCCGUUCUUGCCAAAAAGCUAUUUCCCACUCAUUGUGACACUGGCAACUGCCUCCCAUUGAAUAAAACAGUCUAUGGCUUAAAACGUUU